UCCUGACUCGUUCUUUCGCCUCUGCCGACUGCAUCAUAUGAUCCAUGUAGCAUGACGUAGAACUAGGAGACGCCAUUUGAGAGCCGAACGGAGUGAUAGCCAGAUAUUGAGCCUGCGCUGUUGACGUCGAAGCCUUAUUGCCCCACGGAGGGAUUUCUGUGCCUGGGUUUUUUUUCUUUUUUUUACUAUUGCAUCGGUCUGUUUUUGUCACCGAACGAUAACCGAUGUGACUGGCACGCCUCACGUCGUCUGUUCUGGGCUGCUUUUAAUUUCCACGGAAGGAUUUCUGCGAUGGCCGCUGCGGGAGCUGGAGGCUGCAAUAAAACCUAUUCUUUCAAGGUGGUAUUGUUGGGCGAAGGCUGCGUAGGGAAGACGUCGCUUGUGCUGCGCUAUUGCGAAAACAAAUUCAACGACAAACACAUCACCACGCUCCAGGCAUCUUUCCUGACGAAGAAGUUAAACAUCGCUGGGAAGAGAGUGAAUCUGGCCAUUUGGGACACGGCGGGUCAGGAGAGGUUCCACGCCCUGGGGCCCAUUUACUACAGAGACUCCAACGGAGCCAUUUUAGUCUACGACGUCACCGACGAGGACUCCUUCCAGAAGGUGAAAAACUGGGUAAAAGAAUUAAGAAAAAUGUUGGGCAAUGACAUUUGUUUAUGUAUAGUAGGUAAUAAAAUUGACCUGGAAAAGGACAGGCAUGUGUCGGUUGAAGACGCAGAAGAGUACGCAGAGUCAGUCGGAGCAAAGCACUACCACACUUCAGCCAAAUUAAACAAGGGCAUCGAAGAGCUCUUUCUGGACCUCUGUAAAAGGAUGAUGGAGGUGGCGCAGGCGGAGGAGAGGCUGAAGGGGAACGGGGCGAGCCAGGCGGGGGGAGCUCGGAGGGGGGUACAGAUUGUGGACGACGACCCCCAAACUGCCACAGCUGCUGGAGGGUGCUGCUCUUCUGGAUAAUGCCAUCACCACAUCCACACACACACACACACACACACAUACUGACUGGACACUUGCACACACUCACACACACACGGACUGCACACACACACACACACGGACUGCACACUCACUCUCUCACACACACACACACACACACACACACACACACACACACUGACUGGACACUUACACACACUCACACACACACGGACUGCACACUAACACACACACACAGGGACUGCACACUCACUCACACAGACUGCACACUAACACACACACACACACACACACACACACACACAUGGACUGCACACACUCACACAAACACACACACGGGCUGCACACUAACAGACGCACACACACACACACAAAUACACACAAUACAUUAACACACACACACACACACACUCUCUUUCUCGCAAAAUGGACACACACACACUUCAGACUCUCCAGCUUCGCUCCGGCUCCUAUCUAUUGAGACUGCCAUUCCUGUCACACGCCCGCCCCCCCUGUCCUGGAAUAACACGCUAAACAGUAUUCCCAGUAACUGUAUUUCUCCCAACCCUGGAACAACUGCUGAGAGCUGUGUGCCGAAAAACUCUUACCAACAGCCUUCUGGAGCCACGCCCCUUUCCCCCUUCCUUCUAUAGGAGCUGGACCCCCCCCCCCCCCCACAUCAGAAUCAUAACCCCUUUCUUUGACAUGGAUAAUGUGCAUGUUGAAUCGAGUUCUGUAAAAGCCUACUUAAAGAAAAAAAAGAAAAAAAAUUAUUAACUUAUGUAUUUGUUCUAUGAAGAUCAUCACACAUUGGAACCCUUGGUAUUUUUGUGGUAAAUCGUGAGAGUUCUGCAGGCCCACCACUUUUCUUUUAAAUUUGGCAGAUUUCUCAAAACUAUUUUUGCACUGGCCCAUAACUGUCAAUGCUCUUGUUGAUACCGUACUUUUCCUGUUUGCCGAGUCGGAAUAUAAAAUGGAAAACAUUCUUCAGUAUGUAUUGAAUAUUUGAUCUGCUUUUACAAGCUUUGGGGAAAAAAAAAAACAAAAAAAAAACGCAGGUGUAGAAAAGUGUAAAUUAGUAUUGUUAAUGACUGUAUAAUGAAAUUAACAGCUGUUGGUGAAAAAGCACUUUUUGGAAUUGUAAUUUUUUAACUGCUAGUAUCAUGAGUGUUUUGUAAUAGAAGAAUUAAAAUAAUUUACCAUG